GUUUGCCUCCUGGUCGUCUUCUAUCCCCUUACUUCAAUGCUGAAUCCGGUGAUUGGUCCAUUUUGAGGGACACCAUCGGAUGUAUUAAUUUUGAGGAUUGACGCCACAGGGACGGGGGUUGUUUGGUGCAGCACAUAAAAGACCAACAUGGCCGAGUCCCCAACGGCAGGAAUGGCUUCGCUGCAUGAUAAAUCAAAAAGGAAAUCCUUGGUUUCAGAUCAUGAAUGAGCGAGAAGGCUAAAUGGGUGUCUUGUUAUCGCAGCUAUUGCUUGAGCCGCUGUUUCUUCUCCUGCUUUUCUGCCUCUUACAGGAUCCUCUUGCUAUUGCAACCGACACCCUCCUUCCAGGCCAAGCUCUAACAGGAAGCACAAGAAUCACAUCUGCAGAUGGGGUGUUUGAGUUAGGCUACUUCUCACUUGGCAACCCAAGCAGAUACUACGUAGGCAUACGGUUCAAGGAAGUCCCAAUUGACAACGUGGUGUGGGUGGCCAACAGAGACAGACCUCUUGAAGACAGCACAGCAGAGUUCAAGAUAUCAGAAGAUGGCAACCUGGUCAUUCAGACCAAACCAAAAUCCUUGUUUUGGUAUACCAACCUGACUUCAGCUUCAUCCUCAUCAUCAAGGGUUGCUGUUCUUUUAGGUAAUGGAAAUCUUGUUCUGAAGGAUAUGAAUUCUUCCGUCCUGUGGGAUACUUUUAGUCAUCCAGCAAAUACUCUGUUGCCUGGCCAAAACUUGGCACUGGACAAGGUAACCAUGUCAAGCCAAUAUCUGACUUCAUGGAAGAGCUCAUUGGACCCUUCUCCUGGGCCUUUCACUCUGGAGUAUGGACCAAACGGAACUGCCCAGUUUGUCUUGGUCUGGAAGAAGACACAGCAGUACUGGACAACCGGGCUUUGGAAUGGCCAAGUUUUCGGUGGGGUGCCUGAGAUGGGAGCCAGAUACCUCUACAAUUUCAGCUUCUUCUCAAAUGAGACCGUAAGCUAUUUUCGUUACACAUUCAACGAAACAGAAAGGUUGACAAAGCUUGUGGUGGAUGUCUCGGGGCAGAUCAAGCAGCUGGUGUGGGUCAAAGCGGCCAACCAGUGGAGUGUGUUUUGGGCACAACCCAGACAGCAGUGUGCAGUUUAUGCCAUGUGUGGAGCUUUUGGAGUUUGCAAUCAAGAUGAUGACAAGAACCCCUGCAGGUGCCUUGAAGGAUUUCAUCCAGCAUUAGCUCAAGACAAGGGUUUGAGUGCUUGGUCUGGAGGGUGCUUGCGGGAGACAAAAUUGCAGUGCAAGACUGAUCAGUUUGCGCUGUUAACAGGGAUUAGGUUCACAGAGAAUCCAAAUUAUGUGAUAAUGGAAAUUGGUGACAAGUGCAGAUCAACAUGCCUGAAAGAUUGCUCGUGUACGGCUUAUUCUAACCAGAGUGGUAGCUGUUGGAUAUGGAAAGGUGAUCUUCUGAAUCUGCAGCAGCAGAAUGAUGGCGGUGGUGAUGUUAUUUACAUUCGUCUGGCGAGCCUGGAGUUCACUGAGAAGCAGCCAUACACGAUAAGCGUUGGAGGCUCAAGUGAAGAUAGACAAAAGAAGCGUUUAAUUGUUACGAUCUUCACUACGAUUACAGUAGUGGCGGCAUUUCUCUGUGCUGUAAUAGGAGUGUAUUCAUUCAGGAGCUGGAAGGCUGAAGCAAUCGGUGGUACAGACUCACAAUCUGAAAGACCUUUUCAGCCAAUGCUACUAGGAGACGAAAUGAAAGAGAACACAGGUCCAGAGUUGUUUGAUUUUCAAGUAAUAAUGGCAGCAACCAACAACUUUUCAGAAUCAAACAAGCUUGGACGGGGAGGAUUUGGGUCUGUUUACAAAGGUAAGCUGGGAGGGGAGAUAGAAGUGGCGGUGAAGAGGCUGUCAAAGGGUUCACAGCAAGGCCACCAGGAGUUCAUGAAUGAAGUCAAGCUAAUAGCAAAGCUUCAACACAGAAACCUGGUUCAGCUCUUAGGCUGCUGCGUUGAAGGACAUGAGAAAAUUUUGGUGUACGAGUACAUGCCCAACAAAAGCCUCAACACCUUCCUCUUCGAUGAAGCCCUAAGAAGGCAGUUGGAUUGGGCUAAACGCUUCGAGAUCGUGAUGGGAAUUGCUCGAGGGCUUCAGUAUCUCCACCAAGAUUCACGACUGAGAGUGGUUCAUAGAGACCUGAAGACCAGCAACAUUUUGCUGGACGGGGAGAUGAACCCCAAGAUUUCAGACUUUGGUCUAGCCAGAAUAUUUGGUGGUGACCAAACUCAAGUUGAUACCAACAGAGUGGUCGGAACCUAUGGGUACAUGUCGCCGGAGUAUGCAUUGGAGGGCCGAUACUCCACCAAAUCUGACGUCUUCAGCUUUGGAGUCAUAAUCCUUGAGAUUGUGAGUGGACAGAAGAUGACAAACUUUUAUGACACGGAGCACAGUCUCAACCUUCUUGGGCAUGCAUGGAAACUUUGGAAUGAAGAAAAAGGGUUGGACUUGCUUGAUCAAUCGUUAGGAUGGACAUGUCACUUACAGCAGGUGAAGAGGUGCAUCCAUGUUGGUUUGCUCUGCAUUCAAGAAGAUUCAACAGAUCGUCCCACUAUGUCCUCGGUCGUUCUUAUGCUGAGCACCGACUCUCCGAUACUGCUGCAACCCAAACCACCAGUCUAUUCUUACAGGGGCAAAUCCUCAAAAAUAGGUUCAUCUUCUCUGGAUAGUGAGCCUAAGAGUUAUUCAACCAAUGAUUUCAUAAUUUCAUUAGUGGAAGCACGGUAAAGGUUCACACCCCCAAGUGGACUAGAUGGACAUAUUCAGCACAUGAGAAGCAUCCCUUCGCCGCAAGGUUGAAGGUGGGUUGUGCUACUUGCUUGUCCAUGGGAACCGCCAGGGUUUCACCAAUCAGAGGCCUGCCAAAUGUCUGGCCCAGUAAUAGUAGCAUUCUUCAUUGGAUUAGCCUCAAGACUGAAAGGAUCAAUGUAAAUUUGCUCUUGAAAGUCAACACUUUUCUCAAAAUUUUGGUUUAUCAUGCUCUUUGUUGGUCAAAAUUUUAUAUUGUCAUGGCCUUGAACUUUUAUAAAAGGUUUGGUCUAACAAAAAACAUGUGCCGAAUUGAUUGUCUUAAAUAUGGGACCAAAGUUUGCUUCCCCAGGGAGGUCCGUG